UCGUGCACGGUAGUGCGCUGUGCCUGCUCGCCCGCUCUUCGUCACAGACUUCCACCCGCUACAAGGACUUGUACCCGUGUGUUUUGGGACUACACACACACAUCUAUAUGCAUAUUGAGCUCUCACGAACCGGUUGGCAAGUUCAGCAACUGGUACGUUUGUAUUGUGUGUGCUCUUAUUCUUUGUGAUCCCUUGGCCGUGGAAAAAGGACACGAUUUCCUGGAAGCUUCACCGUGAAUAUUCGCUGACGAAAAAUCACUUUUCAUUCGUGCGGGUGGUCAAGAUUUUGAUUUUUUUUUUUAUCGGAAGAGCGGAAGUGUAGAUUUGAGUGCUGAGGAAAGCUGCUGAAAGGCUCGCCUCGUCAUUGCGCUGAGUCGGGUAAACAGAGAAGCAGGUUCCGAUUGAUGUGAAGAAGAAAAAAAAGAAAAGUUUUCCUGCCAGUCACAAGUUUUGUGUACAGGGCAUCCAAGAAGUCCACCCUCCGUUCAAGGGUGAAAAGGUGGUAGUGUGUGGUCGCGUGAGUGAGGUCAUCGUGCAUUGAAAUCACUGCAGACAAUGUCUCGGGUAACGCGGAUCGCGGUCUGUUUAGCCUUAAUCACCUUUUGCGUGCAAAUCCAGCAUGGAUUCACCGAGAAGCAACAACAUUCCCUACUCGAUGGCGACAGCGCGGACGAUUAUCAAAAGCCCCGAAAAGAAGUCCUGGAAAAAUCAUAUCAUGGGCUGAUUCGUGAAAAUGAGACUUUUGUUGAAAUUACGCCACUAAUUAAAGUCGAUGAACGAAAAGUAUGCAUGUUUCGCAUCCUGAAAAAGCAACAUCAUGAAAUACCGUUCCAGAUUGAGUUAGUGAAAAACCUGGGAAUACUGAAAGCCCGCCGUACCCUCAACUGUGAAAAACGGCGAAGCUAUCGUUUUGAAAUUGAAGCAAUCUUUUGCGAUGGAUCCUAUUCACUCCCAGCUAAAGUUCAUAUCUCGGUGAUCGAUAUUAAUGAAUAUGCCCCGACUUUUUUGCAACCAUCCUAUGUGACAGAAGUAGAUGAAGGACGUUUGUAUCAAGAAAUUGUUCGUGUUGAGGCAACUGAUAAAGAUUGCACGCCACUUUUCGGAGACGUAUGCAAAUAUGAACUUUUGAAUAAUGAUCAACCGUUUACGAUAGACAAUGAUGGAUCCAUUAAAAACACGGAACCCUUAUCGCAUAAACUAUCACAUAAUCAUAUCCUGUCGGUGGUAGCGUAUGAUUGUGCGAUGAAGCAAUCUGCGCCGGUUAUGGUUAAUAUCAAGGUGAAGAGGGUUUGCGAAGCUAAAUUGACAGGAGUGCCAGAGCGAAUUGACUACACGGCUAACUCCAUGGAGAGCCCUUCGCUGUUCCCGAAUCUCCACCUGGAUCUCUGUGACAUUCAUUACAGCCACGAUGAGAUGACUAUUCGCUCAUCAGUCAUUUUGAAAACGAAACACAUAUCCUUUGGUUGCGAUCGCGAUGUUACAGAAUGCUUCCGAGGUCAUGCUCUUGUUGAUCUUCUACAAAAAGGUACCGAGUGGACUAAGGAUUUAAGCUAUGAUGAAGGUUUGGAGCCGGUAUUCCACUUUGAUGGUACCUUGGGUGCUAUAAUCCCAGAGGCUGUUAUGCCUCACCAUGACUUCGCAUCGCAUCCUUUCAGCAUUGUGACCAUGUUCCGUCAUCUCAAUUCAUCCUCGACUAAUAAACAUGCCAAGGAACACAUCAUAUGCAGUGCUGAUGAUCACAAGAUGAAUCGACAUCACAUGGCCCUCUUUGUACGAAACUGCCGCUUGAUCCUUCUGCUCCGCAAGAACUUCAAUGAAGGCGACUUGAAUAUAUUCAGUCCGGCCGAAUGGCGCUGGAAGAUUCCGCAGGUUUGCGACAAUGAAUGGCAUCACUAUGUCCUGAAUAUUGAUCUCCCGAAAGUUGAGUUACAUAUCGAUGGCGUGAAGUUUGAAUCCCAAGCAGAAGAUCAUCACACCAACCCUGAAGUUAUCGAUGAUUGGCCACUUCAUGCCGCCCAUGGGGUUAACACCACCCUAACCAUCGGUUCAUGCUAUCAAGGAUCUGAGAAUCGUUUGAAACAUGGAUUCAACGGUGACAUAUCCGAAAUUAAGUUAUCACUCAAUAAGCUGCUUACAACAGAAGAUAUCAAAUGCAGUACGAAUUGUGCGGAGAAUUUGAUCCCGCCCCCCGAGAAAUACUUCGAAUCCGACGAACUGGUACAGUUUAACACGCAACUGAACGAAAUUUACAUUGAGGGCACGAAUCGGACGAGUAUUGAGCUGCUUUUGCAAAAAAUCCAGUAUAUCAAUUUGAAGCCAAACCCGACAAUUGGUCGUCGUAAUAUCGAAAUUCGAACAACCCUCGCUUUUGCCAGUCACAGCCCAAUUCGUCUACCAACUGUUGAGACCUACAUAAUGGUAAACGUUCCUUCUGUGUCCAUGGAGGUAGCGCACUCAACCGUCUCAGCAUCACCAAUGAAGCUUGACGAUCAGCAACAACAGAAGCUACUGGGUGAUACCAAGAAUUCCUUGAAAGGAUCCCUGGAAGACAUUGAGAAACCCAGGAUUGAAAUUAUUGGGAAUGUCAACCAUUUGGUUUCGUAUCCAGACAUCAAGGACGGCGUAAGGAUUCUUGCUAACAUAAGCAUCGUGGUUUAUUCAGGAAGUGAAGCACCUAAAAAAUUGCAAACCUUGGACUCGUGUACGGUGAGUGUAUUCCCCAGCUUGAAUCCGGAUCAUGAGGAGAUCUUGCUGGAUGGCGAUGAGAGUCUUUCGUCAACUUUGGAUAUAAAAACGAAUAUCAAUAAGGAAGGAGUUGAAAUGAUUGGAUACGAUACCACCGAGAACUACUUGGAUGUGCUCAAGUCGCUCGUGUAUACGAACAAGAAACCUGCUUACUACUUGAAUCGGGUAUUCAAGCUAAUGUGCUCGCAGGCUAACGCACAGUUCAAGAGCUCCGAAUAUACUUUAACGUUGACUGUUUUGCAUCCAAAGCAAACAAUUACGACUACUUCGAUUCCGGCCACUUAUCAACAACAUCAUGAACAAAUUGGCGGUGUUGUUGCACAUGCCAUGGUCCAUACGCAUGAUGUUCAAGAGCCGAAAUCUCGAGUUCAUAACAUUGUCCAUAAAGCGCAAAAUUCUCAUCCGACAAUGUUGAUCAUUGUUAUUUGCGUAUUCUUCGUAAUUUUACUAUGCGGCGUGUCCGUUGCCCGACUACGUAAUAACAAUCACAAAUACAUGGAGAGGCACCAGCCUUGUCCAAAGAUUACAACCGAGCAAUUGGACUGGGACGAUUCAGCACUCACGAUAACCAUCAAUCCAAUGCAAAAUGAUGUUGUAUCGGAGGAGAGUUCCGAUUCCGAAAAUUCUGAUUCGGAUGAUGAUGAAUUGAUCAAUGGAAAAUAUAAGAAUGUCAGUCAGUUAGAAUGGGACAAUUCAACAAUGUAAAUAGCUUCCCUGGUAUUUAUAUUUUUUUCUUCUGUGUGUAAAGCACACAUUACCACACAUAUACACACAUACAUUUUUAUUUACUUUGUAAAAUAUAUAUAAAAGCAAAAUUGAUAAGAAAGAAGACGAGGCGUCCGGAACUAUAAAGCGAACGAUAAAUAAAAAAAAAAACUGAAUAGAAACAUGAUAAAUUAUAACUUAAUUGAUUUCUCCCAAAAGGAAUGUUUCGAACAACAACAAAAAAAAAUCUAAAUUAUACUUAAAAGUAUUCCAUUUAAGUAAAUAUAAUUAUAAUAAAACAAAAAGAAAGAUGAAAUAAUGAAAAACUAACAUUUCUCAUGUUGUAAGAACAAAAAUGAAAAUCAUAUAUGUAAGUCUCUGUGUUAUCAAGAAAUAAAAAAAUGAAAUAAAAAUACAAAAAAGAUUAAUAAGAAAUGGAAAGAUAGAAAUAGUGUAUUUAACAUUAAAAAUAAUGAACAUGAAACACAAGCAAGGAUCCAUUUAAGAAAAGAAUGAAUGUAUGUAAAAUGUACACAAUUUAUUUUAUGUUAGCGACUUUUUUUUUUUAAGAAAUAAAAAUAUAACAAAGGAAUAUGCUUAAUGCAUUUAUGUAAUAGUAAGAAAACAAAUUGAAAAUUAAGUGAAAUAAAAACCCUAUUUGUGAUUUUUAGAUGAAAAAACAAAAAAAAAAACAACAAACAAACUAAAAACAAAUAACAAGCAAAGCGCUAUAAUCUUUGAAAAAUAAUCUCUAAAUUGUGUAUUGUUAUUCAAUGGUACAUGCACAUGCACACUUAGGUCCAUUAUGUUCACGACAAAAGGAUAUGUUAUAUGUUAUUUUACAUAUAAUUUUUGGCACACGUAAGUUUAUUUAUUUUUAUAUUUUUUUCUACCAAUUUUUAUUCAACUUUAACCUAGUGUUUUCCCGAAUUUUUUUUCAUAUUUUUUUAAUAGAUAUUUUCUAUUUUUUUCAAUUUUCCAAAUUUAUUUUUCAAACAUUGAUAUACGGUUUAUUACGCCCCUAUGGCCGUCCAAACACAUCAUAAAGUUAAUGAACAUAUUAUCAGAAAGAGGGGUAGAAAAUAAUGAAAAAAAAAAGAAGAAAUUAGUGGAAAAAGAUCCACUUAACCUAGCGAGCAACAAAUAUAUAUAAAAAAAAAAGAUAAAUUCCAAUAAUAACACAUAAGUCC